AAUCCAAUAGUUUCCAUUCGUUCAUCGCAAUGCGCUUUCUGAUUUUCCUAGUACUCGGCACGGUCCUGGCGUUGGCCCAGGCACGGACUCUGCGCGGAUCGAAUGAAUCGCGAGAUGAGUCUCAGGAGCUGAGCCCCAGCUGGUCGCACAGACACUCCUCGGUGUGGCCCUGCGAUGUGGCCGACCAUCCCCAGGCCUAUGUGCUGAUGCACAAGGUGGAGAAGCGCCUGGAGCGCAUCGAUAGCGAGCCCAUCAAGAAGCGGAUUGUGGAGUACGUGACGGACCAGCUGCGUCAGUGCAAGUCGCACAACCACAUGGACGAGCACUGCGUGAAGCGGUCCAUUGGCUAUGCCAUGUCCUUCAUCAACCACCUGAAGGAGCAGGCCAAACGAUUCUGAUGGGCAACGGCACAAGAGUAUAAUAAAUAUAUAAAAUAAAUAAAUGCAACAGUGAAAAGAACAGUGA